CACUAAUAAAACCUUCCAAUAUCUUUCAUCCACCAAACAAACAAACAAAUCUCUCUGCACACCAAAACGCUAAACGCAACAAUGACGGAGAGAGAGUGCGACCAUUACGACGAAUAUGAUGAUCUGAAGAGGAGACGCGUAAUAUGGGCGUUUCUAGGCCUAAUCGGUGUGGCUGCGUUUGCGGUUUUCUUGGUCUGGGCAAUACUUCACCCGCACGGGCCGCGUUUCGUUCUCCAAGACGUAACCAUUAACGAGUUCAACAUCACUCAGCCAAACUACCUCACUUUGAAUCUCCAGGUCACUGUCUCUUCUCGCAACCCAAACGACAAGAUCGGAAUUUUCUAUGACCGUCUCGACAUCUAUGCCUCAUACCGGUACCAAGAGGUGACGAUUGCGAGGCUUUUGCCGACGACGUAUCAAGGACAUAAGGAAGUUACGGUGUGGUCUCCGGUUCUGAUUGGGACCGCCGUGCCGGUGGCUCCGUACCUGUCUCCGUCAUUGAACGAAGACGGAAUAGCCGGGUUGGUACUUCUCAACAUCAAGAUAGACGGUCGGGUUAGGUGGAAAGUGGGCUCGUGGGUCUCCGGCGGUUAUCGCCUCCACGUUAAUUGUCCAGCGUUCAUUAGCUACCCCCGUCAGUUAGUCGGCGGCGCUGGUCCGGCGAUGAAGUACCAGCUUGUUCAGCGAUGUGCCGUUGACGUAUGAAAUACAAAAGAAGAAUAUAUUUUUUCCAGGGGAAUAUAAUUAUAUAAGGUAAAGGUAAACUAGAGCAAUUUCUUGUUGAUUUGGCUUGUUAAUCAAUUUUUCUAAAAGGUUUUUAAGAAACCAAAACGCUGAUUAAACUCUUUUUUCUUUACACUAAUGUCCAAGGUACUAUAUAUAGUAGAACACAUAUAUAGUUAGUACAUGACAUAUGUUCCUUUUAAUUUUCCAUUUAGUAUAAUGUUCAAACUGUGAAUACACAUAUUUAAAAAUUAGGCAAGUGUAAAAUAAAAAUAUGGUGAUUUAUAAAUACAUAAAUCAAAUUUAUAAAUUUACACGAGUUUUUAGCAUAAUGAUAGUCGUUGAAACUUUAACAUUUUGAGUACUCUGCACUCUGCAGUCUGCCUACGAAUUUGCCAGAAUAAGGGAAAGCUUACAAAGGAUGGUUUAUUUUUUAGUUGGGUAUGAGUCACAUGACAACGACUAUGUAGCUGAUGGUCUUUAUGGAUUGAAAUAAACCCCCUCCAAAAAUUAAUUACAUUUUAGCACUCUAUAUUAGCUCAUAAUGACAAGCGCUUGCUAUGUUUAUUGUUUAUUAAAAAAUUGUUAUAUGUUGACGGUUUAUAAUUUGUUUUUUUUGAAUAGCUACAAAAUCAUAUACAGAGUUCACUUUGUGAAAUCAAUUCAUUUUUGAUGUUAUUGGUUUGUACUUGUAGGUUCAGCUUUAAAUAUGAUUAUCCUAGUUUCUAUUCUGACAUGCAGACUUUAUUAACUUGGCUUGUUUAUAAGUCUUCUACGUCUUUAAAUAUUUUCUUUUUCUAUGGCAUGUCGAGAGCAAUAAGAAGUGGACUGGGCAAGAGAACUUUAAAGACAUUAAAUUAUCUGUAGAAACUAAUCAAGAUCAGUUAUGACAUUUCAGAAACUCAAAUUAAACAGCUCAAAAGUCAUUUUAAAAGUAAGUUGUCCGCAAAUUCAUGUUUGGUGUGAUUUGUAUGAGGACUGACAACAAGAAGAUAUGUGUAAAUAGAUUUAAUGGACACUCGAAAAAACUCCACAAAAUUACAAAUCCCACGAAACCAAGUG